AUGCAUAGUGGUUUCAAGGUUCUUGCUGGAUGACUUGUUCGAACAAACGUCAAAGGCUUUUCAAAGCAGUAAAUUAUUGCAUUUUGAAUCAUCAGUUUUAAGUAAACUCAAGUGAAGAAGGCACGAAAAAAACCCACUUUAUUGCCAUCUGUACGACACUGUUCUAAACUGAAGACAAGAGAUUCAGUCUAAUGACUUUACGUUACUACAUGAGCUAUGGGUUCUGGAUCAAGCAAGAAGAAAUCUAAGGCAACCAUCUCAACAGUGAAGGCAGCACAAGCAUUCAAACACCCUGACAAAACUUCUGGCAAAAAGAAAGGAAAGGCAAACGUUCUAAUUUCGUUUCAUUCAAAGAAUUACCAGAAGGCACAAGAAGCUGGAAGCAUUAUUCGAGAUAAUGGCUACAAUGUCUUUCUCAUAUCUGAAGGAAGUCCGUUUGCUUUGGGGCUGCGUGAACAGAGCGUUCAGUGGUGUGACGUUUUCGUGAUAAUCGCUACGUUUAACUACCAGCGUUCUCAUUACUGUGUAGAAUUAGCAAAUUACGCAAAAGACAAGAAGAAACCGGUUGUUUCACUUUUAGCUCAACCAAAUUACUCGCCUUCUGGUUCAGUAGGAGCAAUUUCCCUGGCAUGGGGAAAGCCAAUACACCACGUUCAAAACUCGCAAGAAAGUAACGAUCAGCUACUGGUAGCACUCACAGAGAAGCUGACAGGAGUCGAACGAAGUACGGUUUCCAUGCCAACACUCGAUACGGUCGAAGGAUCUGGCUUGAAGACAGAAAAGACACAGGGUUCUUAUGUGUGUAUCGUUUAUUUGGAAGAAGGCGUUGAGGUUGCUAAGAUGGUAAAGUCUGGCCAUGGUGUUUCUAAUAUGGGAGCGGCAGCAAACACACUUAAUCAAGUACCAAUCAAAAUGGGGGAUCCUAAAGGGUCAAAUAUUGAGUUGAUCAAGGGAUGUAAGGUUUUUAUACCAAUCCUGACAUCUGGGUAUCAGGAUUCCUCAAAGUGUCGAGAGGAAUAUGAAUGUGCAAGGAAGCAUGAAAAACAAAUAAUCCCGGUCAAGGGAGAGAAGUUUUGGCCAUCUGGUUGGCUAUCUCUUGGUAUAGCUGGUAAACUGUACUAUGAAUUAACUGACUCCAAUCAAGCUUAUACACCACACAAGAAUGUUCCUGACAGCACACCUAUGAAUGACUUCAUCUUCGCAGUACUGACAGCAUAUGAAGGGGAACUGUCGGAAGAGGAGAGGGAAAAGGCAGAUAUUGCAGCACUGACGAAGAAAAUAGAAGAGGUAAAGGGAAAGCUGGAUGAGUGGCCACCAAAGCCAAGGAAUCAGGAAGAACAAAGAUCUACACCCCCUCCCCCUGAGAAACUUGUAACACAAGAUACAGAAAACCUGCCAUUCAACUAUAUCAAAUAUGAGGUCACAAGAAUGAGCUUCAACCCACCAAAACCGCUGUUUGACAAACAUGGGAUACCAAUCGAGCAGAAGUUUGACAUCAUGUUGUCAUAUCAGUGGGAUAUCCAGGAUUUUGUGAGGAAUGUUUACAUGGAGAUGGACAUGAAGACAUUCAAGACAUGGAUGGAUAUUUGGGGAGGAAUGCAGGGAAACAUCAAUGAAGCUAUGGCAACGGCUGUGGAGAACUCAACUCUAAUGAUCUCUUUCCUGACAGAGAAGUAUCAGAAAUCAGUCAACUGCAAUCUGGAGUUGAUGUAUGCCAAACAGAAGCAGAUGCCAAUAAUUUUCAUCAAUGUCGAGCCUAAUCUUCAGCUCAAAGACUGGAUCCAAGAACUGGUUGACAAGACUGUUGUCUUCAAUAUGAGUUCAAUCAGUGAUUUUGGGGAAAUGGAUAAAGGUGUUCCCAAGAUCAACCGACUUGCAGAAGCUGCAAGGAAUUUGAUGAAGUGGUCAGCUGCUCAGCCUAAGAAAAUACGCACAGAUGUCUCAGAAGAGGUUUACAGAUUGCAGAAUUUGUUAGAAGAUGCUCUUAUUGCACUGGCAGAAAAGGAGAAGAGAAAAAGAUAUGAGACCUGUACACGAUGUGGGGCACAGUUUGAAAAUGAAAGCUCAGCAGGAUGUAAAGUUCAUGGAGCAUAUUACAUGGGUGGAACUAUCCUGGCAGGUAGAUGGGUAUGCUGCAGUCAGCGUGAGAAAGAUGGCAUGGGGUGUGAAAAAGCUAACCACAUCACUAUAUCAAGGAAAUGGACUGAGAUGAGUCAUAAAGGGUGCUUCCAGUGGAAUCCAAAAUAACUUUCAUUAACAAUGUGGCUUAAUAAACUCUAUCCUAAAACCCUGAAAUUUAAUUGGACAGAAGGAAAAGACAUCCCAGAUAAAAGAGAGAGAGAGUGAGCCAAGGAGUAUGAAAUCUUGUUAUGGGCAAAAGUGGGGACUAUAAUAUUUAUCACAAAACUGGUUUAAAAAGUUCAUUAUUUUCCAUUGGAAUCAUAAAGCACAGCCAUUGUAACUCUAAUCUCAGAAGAGAGAUAAUGGGCAACUAUAUAAUCUCCUGACAAUACUCUAUUUAUUAUUAUCACAGCAUUGGCUAAAAAAAAGUUGAAAGAAUUCUUUGCAUUAGAAAUAUAUAUUCAAUAUUUAUUCUUGUAAAUUAAAACAUAAAAUUAUGUUAAAUGUAACAUGUGAGCUACAUAUAUUUAUAACUUCAAAACAUUUACUGUGUUGCUUGCUUUAAAUAAAUAUUGCUUGCAGACUGAUGUGCAACCAGUUAUCAUUCAGCAGCCCAGAAUAUUUGACAAACAAGAAACAACUUCUGGGCUUUGUUCAUUGAGCAUCAGAUGAGAUAACUAACCACUCUGUGCCAAUCAGACCACCAUUUGGUCAAAAAUACAAUGGGUUUUUCUCUCUUCUGCCUCAAUCUUCCCCAUCCCCAUCCCCAACCAGGAAUGCCUGCAAUAAUGUGGGCUAUACAUUGUUUAGGAGUUUUUUUAAUCAAAAGAGAAAGCUGAAGCGAAUAUAAAAAAAUAUAAAGUACAAAUUAUGGAAUGUAGCAUAGGGAUAAUUCUACCAUGAUAUUUUUAAGGCACUAAGAGAAAAAUCAGAGAUUUCAAGUUGCAUGUGUCUUUAGGAAGAAACAUGGGGACCAUGAAAUGGUACAGAGGAAUCUACUCUAACUAUUUCUUUGAUUGACAGAAGUGUAUUGCCCAAUUUCCAUGUCACAAUUGUUGUCUUGAUUUGCACGUCGCAAGGAAAACAUUAAAAAAUUUAGUGAAUGUACUGUUCACAUGAAUUGAUAACAUACCUAAACACUACAACAUAGUGGAAGGUAGGAUCAUUCCCGAGUCUAUAUACACCUCUUGGUUGGACAUUUAGUUAUAACAAGUGAAAUCAAACCCAGGAACCAGAAUAUAAUAAAUGUAUUUAGUAGUAA